CCUAUGUUGGGAAUAUAGACGAGCAAAGUGCACAACCGCUUCAGCCUUCAGCAGUGAAGAAACAGACGGCGGAGCUUCUGGGAGAGAGAGGACGAUGAGCGCGAAGCUGCAGAAAUGCCGAAAUCUAUCAAUUUUUACGAGUUCUAUUGCGCGAAACUCCGUCGUUUCCAAUCAGAGACUUUUACACAAUGGCCCAGACACCAUAGAGGAAUUGUUAGACCGACACAUCGUGAAGAAGGAGAAAUCGCUGGAUGACGACGAGGAAGAGCUGCUAAACAGGCAGCGACUCACCAGUAAUCGACGAGAGGCAUUGCAUCUGUAUAGAGACAUCUUGCGAGCGACCCGUUUCUUCAUGUGGACUGAUUCUCGAGGCGUAUUGUGGAGAGAUGUAUUGAGGGAGAAUGCUAGGAAGGAAUUCGAAGAGGCACGGUUCGAGAAAGAUCCGGAAAUCGUGACCCGGUUGCUUAUUGGUGGCCGAGAUGCCGUGGAAUCGGCACUUGAAAAACUCGCCGAGAAGCAGAGACAGCAGAUUGAGAAGGAACGAGGACACGGCGGAGAUCGCAGGUGAACUGGGUUGAACAAUAAUUGAGAAUUGAGAAUGCCAAGAUUCCGUAUGCAACAAUGAGGAAAUUUGGAGAAAAAAAGCCCUUCAAUCUAGUUGAGGUAAAUUAACAAUGUUCUAAAGUCGUAUGCAUGUUUUUUCUCACAGAAGCUGAAUUCAGAUAUAUAAAAUUAGUAAACAAUGCUGUCCUAUAAUGCAAUAAUGUUCGCAAAAUUUGUCUUCUCAAACAAGAUGACUGUUGCUUAUUAUCUGCACUGCAAUAGAUUUUCAUUUCCCAGAUCAGGUACAGACAUGGUAAAAGAAUCAUGAUAUUGAAUCCUCCCCUCCUUUUUCUUUUAUCCUCGGCAAUAUUUCAUAAAACCAAGGGUAUGUUUGGUUGGGGUAAUUUAGGAAGGAAAGUUUAACUUUCUGAAAAGUAUGAAACAUUGACUUAUUUGGUUAGCAUGAUUUUAUAACUUUCAACUUUCUAUUUGAAUUCUUGAGAAGAAGAAUAAAAAGGUUUGGACUGCAUUGAUGAGGUUAAUGCAUCAUUAUACAAGGUCUCAAAGACAUUACCAAUAGAAAUUUUGGAGCAAAUGAAAGCAUCCCAAGAGAGAUUGAGAUCUAUGUGAUCUCGUUGUGCAAAUUGCAAUUAUUUUUAUGACAUUUGAAUAGAAGUCUGCAAUCUCUAUUUUAUUUGUGUGAUUUGGAAUUGGAUAUGCUGCUAGGCUUCUUGGCAAGUAGUACAGUAUAAUUACAUAAUUCUUUGAGCCAAUCUUAUAGCUUGACUAC